AUGUCUAAGUCAGAGUCUCCCAAAGAGCAACAGCUGCGGAAGCUCUUCAUUGGAGGGCUGAGCUUCAAAACAACCUACGAGAGCCUGAGGAGCCAUUUUGAGCAAUGGGAAAUACUCACGGACUGCGUGGUAAUGAGAGAUCCAAACACCAAGCGAUCCAGGGGCUUUGGGUUUGUCACAUACACCACUGUGGAGGAAGUGGAUGCCGCUAUGAAUGCAAGACCACACAAGGUGGAUGGAAGAGUUGUGGAACCUAAGAGAGCCAUGUCGAGAGAAAAUUCUCAGAGACCGGGUGCCCACUUAACUGUGAAAAAGAUCUUUGUUGGCGGUAUUAAAGAAGACACUGAAGAACAUCACCGGCGAGAUUAUUUUGAGCAGUAUGGAAAGAUCGAAGUGAUUGAGAUCAUGACUGACAGAGACAGUGGAAAAAAGAGAGGGUUUGCUUUUGUCACUUUUGAUGACCAUUACUCCGUGGACAAGAUUGUUAUUCAGAAAUACCAUACUGUGAAUGGCCACAACUGUGAAGUCAGAAAAGCCCUGUCAAAGCAGGAGAUGGCUAGUGCUUCAUCCAGCCAAAGAGGUCGAAGUGGUUCCGGAAACUUUGGUGGUGGUCGUGGAGGCGGUUUUGGUGGCAAUGACAAUUUUGGUCGAGGGGGGAACUUCAGUGGUCGUGGUGGCUUUGGUGGCAGCCGUGGUGGUGGUGGAUAUGGUAGCAGUGGGGAUGGCUAUAAUGAAUUUGGUAAUGAUGGAAGCAAUUUUGGAGGUGGUGGAAGCUACAAUGAUUUUGGCAAUUAUAACAAUCAGUCUUCAAAUUUUGGACCAAUGAAGGGAGGAAACUUUGGAGACAGAAGUUCUGGCCCUUAUGGUGGUGGCCAGUACUUUGCUAAACCACGAAACCAAGGUGGCUAUGGUGGUUCCAGCAGCAGCAGCUAUGGCAGUGGCAGGAGGUUCUAAUUACAGCCAGGAAACAAAGCUCAGCAGGAGAGGAGAGCCAGAGAAGUGACAGGGAAGCUACAGGUUACAACAGAUUUGUGAACUCAGCCAAGCACAGUGGUGGCAGGGUCUAGCUGCUACAAAGAAGACAUGUUUUAGACAAUACUCAUGUGUAUGGGCAAAAAACUCCAGGACUGUAUUUGUGACUAAUUGCAUAACAGGUUAUUUUAGUUUCUGUUCUGUGGAAAGUGUAAAGCAUUCCAACAAAGGGGUUUACUGUAGACCUUUUUCCACCCAUGCUGUUGAUUGCUAAAUGUAAUAGUCUGAUCAUGACGCUGAAUAAAUGUGUCUUUUUUUUCUUU